GUAGGCUUGACAGCAGCAACAACGUGUUGUUGCGAAUAGACGCUGUGUAUGAGAUAUAUAAAAAUAGGGCUGAGUUUGUGUCACCGUCUCUUCAGCGCAAUGGCUGCCAGUAUAAAACCAGUCGUCAUCAGCGGCCCCUCGGGAGGUGGAAAAAGCACACUUCUCGCGCGACUCUUCAAGGAGUUUGAGGAUUGUUUUGCCUUCAGCGUCUCCCACACAACCAGGCAGCCGAGGAAAGGAGAAGAAAAUGGCAAAGCUUACCAUUUUGUUACGAAGGAAGAAUUCAAGGAGAUAAUUAAAAAAAAUGACUUUUUGGAACAUGCUGAAUUCUCAGGGAAUAUGUAUGGGACGAGCAAGCAAUCGGUCAAGGAUAUCCAGCAAACAGGCCGUAUCUGUAUCCUAGAUGUGGAGAUUAAUGGUGUGAAGAGUAUCAAGAAGACAGAUCUGAAUGCCAGAUACAUCUUUGUAAAACCCCCCAAUAUGGAAACUCUGGCUCAAAGGCUAGAAGGUCGUGGAACCGAGACGGAAGACAGUUUGAAGAAGAGACUAGCCUCUGCGCAGGAAGCGCUCGACUUUGCUGAGCAGCCCGGGUCUUACGAUCACAUCAUUGUUAAUGACGAUCUUGAAAGUGCCUACAAACAGCUCAAGGACAUACUAGCCGAGGACAUUGAGACCCUGAGGAAAACCCGAUCUAAGUAGCCCUGACCUAACCAGCCUCAGCAGAAUCGUCAUCUACGAACAAGUUUUAGUUAACUCAGGUCUUUCGUCUUGUUAGCAUUUUCACCCGCAUGUAUAUCGUAGAUUCAAUGUCUCACAGCUUUGCAUGGGCCAGAAUUUACAUCUGUUAAUCUUCUCUGGCAAUAAUAUCAACAAAUUUUUAACAAUGCCUUGAAUCUUGUAUUAACAUUGCCUUGAAUCUUGUAUUAACAUAUACAUAUGUAAGCUCAAUUUGUAUAUUUGAGACUGAACUUAAGUUUUGUUUGUCAAAUGAAGGCUGCCUUUAUUAUCUGAUUUGGGUAGUUAAGAUCUGAGAGUUGAGUGCAAUGUAUAAUGGUACACAUCUUAGUGAUACGCCUUAUAUUAUGUCAGACAAAUCCACUGAUGUCUUUUAAGUGGUUGAUACAUGCUCAUUUGCAUAAAGAUCUGAGUUAAAGCCUUUCAUUGGUCAGACUGUAGCCCAGUUGACAUGAUGUGAUUUGGACUAUACAAGUAGGACGUGGUGUAUUGUACGAAGUCAUUGGGCCUGAUAUUGCAUCAGACUAAGCAGGAAUCAUACUCCACUCAUGGCAGUAUGAUUGAGAGCCAAUGGGAAUUGAUCCUGCAAAGCAGACUGUGCUAUGGGAGGAAACGUGGAUACAGAAAACGAAUACUGUUGUUUUUGUUUGUUUUUUUGGCUGAGGAGGGGAGGGGAGCGUGGCUUCGGGAUUAAAAAUUAAAUACAUGUUUUUUGCUCUAGCCUAUUCAUGUAUGGGGCAUAACAAUGGGCCAGGCUUCUCUUUAGUGCACAGUUGUAUUUCUGAGGAAGUAAAUGUGGAAACUGUUUCAAAGGUCAGGAAUUGGCUGUCAAAUAAAGGGGGCCGCUAAAUAGAGGUCAGGUAAAGUUGGAUACUUAAUAAAGGUUUAGGUUUUGGCUACUAGAUAAAGGUGGGAGACAUAAUAAAGGCCAGCUAUUGGCUGUCAGAUAAAGGUAGAUACUUAAUAAAGGUCUGCUAUUGACUACAAGAUAUACAUAUAGGUGGAAGAUAUAAUAGAGGUCAGCUAUUGGCUGUCGGAUAAAGGUGGAUACUUAAUAAACGUCUGCUAUUGUCUACAAGAUAUACAUAAAGGUGGAAGAUAUAAUAGAGGUCAGCUAUUGGCUGUCAGAUAAAGGUGGAUACUUAAUAAAGGUCCGCUAUUGUCUACAAGAUAUACAUAUAGGUGGGAGAUAUAAUAGAGGCCAGCUAUUGGCUACAAGAUAUACGUAUAGGUGGAAGAUAUAAUAGAGGUCAGCUAUUGGCUGUCGGAUAAAGGUGGAUACUUAAUAAAGGUCCGCUAUUGGCUACAAGAUAUACACAUAGGUGGAAGAUAUAAUAGAGGCCAGCUGUUGGCUGUCAGAUAAAGGUGGAUACUUAAUAAAGGUCCGCUAUUGUCUACAAGAUAUACAUAUAGGUGGGAGAUAUAAUAGAGGCCAGCUAUUGGCUGUCAGAUAAAGGUGGAUACUUAAUGAAGGUCUGCUAUUGGCUACAAGAUAUACGUAUAGGUGGAAGAUAUAAUAGAGGUCAGCUAUUGGCUGUCGGAUAAAGGUGGAUACUUAAUAAAGGUCUGCUAUUGGCUGCCAGGUAAAACAUGUAGGUGGGAGAUUAUUAUAUAAUAGAGGUCAGCUAUUGGCUGUUAGGGGUCACAUGUUGGCCACUAUUUAUAGAUAGGAGAUGCAACAGAAGUCAGUUAUUGACUGUUGGAUAAAGGUGGAUACUUCAUAGAAGUAACAUUUAUAAUUUAUGAUAGCAUACUUGGCUUGCAUGUAUAUAUGUCUGUCUGUCUGUCUGUCUGGAUUUUUUCUUGUUUUUAUUUUCGUCUACUUGAGACGGGCUUUCACACGGUGGGGCCUGAACAUGUCAGUGUCUACAGUUUUUGAGUCUUUUUGAAAUCAACUAGAGCAAAAUGGCAUUCGGGUAAAAAAAAAAGCUCCAAAAUCAACUAAAUCAGAAAUGGAUUGAGCCCUUAAGACUGGUUUGAUAAGGUGCACUUAGCUGAACAUAAACCCACAUGUAGCUUCAGGUACAUGUGUUUUAGAAAUAUGAUUGAAUUUGCACUUAGCUGUCAGCAACUGAACAAUACACUCCAUUUCAUAAAACUCACAGAUUUCUGAAGCUCAUUUCAUAAAGCAUACAUAGAGUUUCGCGUGUCCAUGGCGACCAUUACAGCAGGUUUUACAUUGCCAUGGCAGUUACGUGCACAUAAUGCUAUAUUGAUCCGCUUUGUGAAAAGGGUCUUGCUCCACAUAGCCAUUGCCAUGGAUUUAGGCUAAGGUGAGCGAGGCUAUGUGUGCCUUGGACAAGGCAUUCUUAUGGAUGUACAACUUCGUGGUUUAUUAACACGAUGUUUCAAUGUAGUUUCUAACAUCGUUAUCAAGCGAAUGACAAGUGAUUGUUGUAUAUCCAGGAGAAUGUCUUGUCCAGUGUACUUUGAUCACAACUUUUAAAUGCCACUCAAACAAGUUAAGUGUACCUGGUCAACAGGUUUGGGCUUUAUGCCCCAGGAUCACAGGGCUGUAAUUCUUCUACCAUUUCGCUUGUUUUUAAUGUGUUUAUUCAAGCUUUUUAUGGCGCCAUUAUUCUGUGUUGUCUGAUAAAACCCUGAAACUGUGUUGUCUGAUUUGUAACCCUGAAACUGGCCAAUCCAAUUUUUGUCGUUAAAAUCAAAUUAAAAAUGUGCUAAACUUGCACUGAAAUUUGCCCUUUUAAAUGCGAAAAGAUUGAGGAAUUAGGGCAAGUUUGACAUAACCUUACCUUCAAAACAGUUUACUGCACUAAAGCUAGACUCCAUCACCAUAAGAUUUUUAUCUUUUUACUAAUUGUCUUGGGCUUCCUUGACCAAAGUAAAAAUUAGCGUUUAAGUUCAAAUCUGUAUUAAAAGUUAGGAUUAGUAUCACACGUGAAGACUAUCAGACUUAUAAAAUCGUAACGUGCCUGCUUGAUCUUGGGACCUGAAAGGAGUUCAGAUUCAGGUGCUCAUGUUUUCACCACACCUGUCAGUAAAUUUCAGAUUUUUUUUUCAUAGAAAAGCCUAUAUUUAUUGGACCAGAAUUAUGGGAGGAUAUUUUAUCAUGAUGUGUAAUGCUUCACCCUUUGGUGGUGGGAUUAUCUCCCCUGGAAUUUACAUGUGGAUGGAACAUGCAUUAUUUGUGAAAUUGACAAACUUUUCUGUAACUUAAUUUUAUUUAUUUAUUUUGUAUUUUUUUGUGUGUGGAAAGGAACUCUUUUGGGCAACAGGAAAGUACCACAAUAGAAAUUGGAGAGGUGUUGCUUUAGGAAUUAACGUUGAUAUUUAGAUUGAUAAUUGUCAGGACAUUUUGGUUUUCAGUGAAAGUGAAAAGUUACUGUACCCAUUGGCGGGGGAGGGGGGGGGUCAUAUUUAUAUGCUGUAUGUUAUGGAAAUUCAGGGUAGAAUUUAAUAACAAUGUACUUAAAUAUGGUUGCGUGUUUGUAGGGAUAGGUGUCCCUAUUUGAUGCCAUGAGCGCUCAUGUAACACUGGCUUGUAACUAUGGCGCAGUAAUUCCUCAACCUUUUACAUACAUGUAUAUGUAUUUCACUGUGGACCACAAAAAUUUAAAAUGGUUGUUUUACAGCCAGAAGAAAUCCUUUUCCAAUGUCUGAAGAGGGUAUAAAAAUAAAACUGAAAAAUCUUUUUAAUUGUGGGAAAUGUGGACUGUCUGAGUAUUUUUUUUCUUGCUGAAGGCAUAUUUACAUACGGACAAAAAGAUCGCAGCGAUCUGAAAAACAGAAAAAGUAUUUUCAAAAAUCAAUAACGGACAAAAUAAAAAUCUUGAUUUUCAGUUUUACUUUUAUCUAAAUUUUGGAAUUUUUACUGUUGGCUCACCCGUGAAACACAAAAUAAAAUGGUAUCGCCUUUAUAGUCUUCAUGCAUACUUGUUCUUAAUACGGCUAAUUCAAAUGCUUACCUAUAUGUAGACAGUUGCCAAAUAUUUACACAAUGGUAAAUGUAUUCUGUGUUUUGGUAAUAAAUAGAUUACUUCCCUUUUCAUGGAUUACCCCCCGCUGACGGCAGUAUGUAUCAGUUCAGUUACCCAGUGUCGUUUGCAUUUGGAAGUUCUAGUGUGAUGGAAUGAAAACAACCACAGUGAUCACCUUUGACUAAUCCACCUGUGAAACUUCUUGUAAGAUUAACUACUGCUGAAUCAUUGCAAUUUGCUUCUGUUGAGAAUCUGACAAAGUAAACGCCAAUAUUUUGCAUUGUCCUAUAUGAAAGACGCAGAUACCCGUUGUCAAGGGAGGUAAAUCCUGGAAAAGGGAAGUAAUUAGUGUAUUACGAAAAUAUGGAAUAAAUACAUUGGUAUUCAGAUCUGCUGUAUUGUGUAAUAUUUGCACAUCGUGUUCAUGUACAUACAGAUGUUUACAUUCGUGUAGAUAUUUAUUAUUCAAUUGCAGCAAUAUGUGUAUUCAUGUAAAAUAAGGGACACUUUCUUCUGUUUUCUUCAUUUCUGUAGAUGGUAGACAUUUUCAUACAGGGCAUAUAUUGUUGUUUAUACGUCUAUUAUAAUAAGAAAUGUACAUGUUAAUAGAUCACAAGGUCUGGGCCCAGUUUCACGUAGCACUCUUAACGUUAUGAGCUUGCAAUUACCGUGACGACGUAAUACUGGUUGCCGUGGUAGUUAAGCGAGAGUAGCAUUAAGAGUGCUUUGUGAGAGCGAUGUUGCUGACUUUUUAUGGCUUCUGCCCUUAGAACUCUUCCAUAUUUAUGUCAAAGGUAAGAUAUUGUUGACAAUUCUACACUUAAUAUCACGGACAAACUCUCAUAUGUUAGAUGCAUUAUGUGUAUAUUUUGGUAUUUUUAACAAUUGUCCGCGGUAAUAGUUAAGCGACUCUCUGGUAAGGUAUUUGUCCUCUCCCUGAAAAAUCUUCAAAAAAAAGUGUAUAGCUUGUCCUUUUGUUCAAAGGCCACAUAAAACCGCGCAUGCCAGUUUUAACCAUUUACUUGCACACUGUCCGUAUGUGGAAAAAGUAGUCAAGGAUAGGAAGAGAUCAGUUGCAUGGUGCUUAACAAGAUACAUGGACUCAAAAGGAACUCUAAUAUCUAUGUACAUGUACCUGUAUGUAAUUAUCUGAAUGUGUGUCUAGAACUAAGCUUUUUAAUUGGCUGUUCGUUUAGUGGACAGUGCUUUAACAAUUAAGAGUUAUGUUUUUCAUGAGCUGCUACAGUGCUCAUUAGAUCAAUAGACCUUCUUACUGUAUUACUGGUAGUUUAAAACUUUUUGCUGACAAAUAUUGAAUCUUUAAUUUUUGCUCCUUUCUUCGGGGUUCUGUAAUGUCCAUUCAAGAUACUUUGUAAGCAUCUGUUAAUUGUACCAAAAUUGUUGUAAAAACAAUACUAUAGCGAACUUUUCACGAGUCACCAUUGUUCCCUUGGUUACAAAAACUUCACAUCACCAUGUAUAGUAUUCCUUUAACAAAGGAGUAUUUUUCUUUAUCCAAAGCCUUCCAAGAGAAUUGUUUGUCAGAAGGAUUUUAUUGCGCACUCGGUUCUUUGUUACAGUCAUAUGUUACGUGUUCUACACAAGCUGUAUAUUGCAGCAGAAUAAAGGUAAACUUCU